GUGGCAUUGGCCUGGCUGCUAUGCACGUCAUAGAAACCAGACGACUUUUGACGCGUGCAGGCCCCCAAAGUAUUGUCUCUUCGCGCCAACACCACCAUCAAGAUGGUGAUCCCCUUAACAGCAGUCGAUAUAGCGCUGCCAGCCGUUACGACGCUACGCCAGUGUGCAGAGUACAGCAAGACCUUCGAACCCUUCCUCCCUCAGCUCUACGCGCUUCCCAACCAGCUCUACGCGGCACUCGGAGACAUCGAGGCGCUGAAACACAUAUACGUCUCCACCAAUCCCGCCAUCUUUGGACUUGCCGUGUGCAUCGCUCUCUCGCCCAUCUUCCUGAUCGCCUCGGAGAUCAACAAAAACUACAGCCAGGUGGACAGAGUUUGGAGCAUACUCCCAACGGUGUUCAACUUCCACUAUGCGCUUUGGGCUCGGUUGAACGGGCUGUCUACGAAAAGAGUUGAUCAUGUCCUGGCGUUCAGCGUAAUAUGGUCGAUACGUUUGACGUACAACUACUGGCGGAAAGGCGGAUACCAAAUCGGCAGCGAAGACUACAGAUGGGAGCUCAUUAAGAAGCAAAUCGGGUCUUUUGGCUUCUUCAUGUUGAACAUUCUGUUCAUCUCUUCUGCGCAAAUUGUCCUUCUCUGGAGCGUCACCCUGCCAACAUACGUGCUCAUGCUCACUUCACAGCUCAAGCCUGAGAUGACCUCGCUCGAUAUGACGAUUGCGCGACUGUUGCUGGCCCUUGUCAUACUCACGUACUUCGCUGACCAGCAGCAAUGGAACUACCAAAACGCUAAGAAGGAGUAUCAAAAGACUGCGAAAGUUCCCGCUGGCUGGACCCGAGCUCAAAUGGAUCGCGGUUUCGUAACGACUGGGCUCUGGAAGUAUAGUCGGCAUCCCAACUUCGCGGCUGAGCAAUCGUUAUGGGUCAUCCUCUAUCAGUGGUCCUGCUUCCAGUCUGACACAAUGUACAACUGGACGUGCUGCGGUGCCAUUGCCUACCUUCUCGUCUUUCAAGGAAGUACACCGCUCACUGAGCGCAUAAGCGGAGGCAAGUAUCCCGAAUACAGUCUGUAUCAGAAGCGUGUUGGCAAAUUCUUGCCCAAGCUUGGCGGCAACGGCUGGGACGAGAAGGAAAUGGAGACUUUGGGCCCAAAGCACGCGGAACAGGCCAAGGCAAAGAAACAGAGCAAGAAGACAUGAUUCUAUCAUGCGGGAUGAUCGUAGCGAGGUGGUGAGUGGAGGUGUAGGCCGUUUGUGCGGCUGCGGACAUCCUCUGCCAGGACCAUACAGUGCCGAGGACGCUUGCAGCAUGCUGAAGCAGGGUAGACCACAGCCAACAGGCCACUGCAGAAGGCGUCGAAGUAGGGUCCAGAUGCGAGUAUGCCCUGCAUGAAGUGCCGUGACUGCCCGCACGUGUGGAUGGUAAUCGAUAGGUGGAAUAUGUAGACUGUCUACUCUUGUCUCUGCUCAGCCCCAGCCCGGCCCAGUCCACAUGGCUCCCACAUGCAGGCCUGUCGGCGAUC